CAGUAUUGUUCCUGAAAAGUUUGUGUUACAUUUUGGUUGAAAUCUUAAUUUCUAUACUCGAUACUAAAUCUGGUUAUCGAGAGUCUAGAUCUAAAUCCAGAUAAUAUUAUCUAGAUGUUAAUAUACAUUUUGAAAAACUGUGAGGCCUAGUGCAAUAAAUAAUAUAAGCCAUGAAUGAAGAAGACAAUCGUCCAGACUUUUAUAACAGACCAUACCAGAAACCUGACUAUUCUCCUGAUCACUGUAAAAGGCAGCUGGUGAUGGAUUUUCCAAAACUUUACAUGGUUGAUAUAACCGCCAUAGCAAGUUUUCAUCAAUGGCAAUAUGCUAAAACUCACAAGUCUUUAUGCUUGAUCAUGGCUGAGCUAGAAAAAACAGGUCCUGAUAGCAAGCAGCCUGUAGAUGUUUUGUUGGAAAAUGAUGAUGGAUUAUCAAAAGUAUUUGAGGUGCGUCGAAUGGUUAGUAAGAGAUCUGUUGGCAAAAAGCUUCAAAAUGUGCCUUUACCCCUGCAGAUAGAAGUAGAUUUUGUGAAUAGCACAAUGGAAUACCUACACAUGGAACAGGAGAAACAAAAAAUAGAAUGUGCAUGCUGCUUUGAUAACAGUGAGUUUGAAAAAAUGGCUCAGUGUAUGGAAGGGCAUUUGGUUUGUGUGGGCUGUCUUAAUUCAUAUGCAGAAGAAAUCAUUUUUGGAACUGGAAAGGUCACAUUGAACUGCAUGGCAUUUGACUGUCAGACAACUUAUCCAGAAAGUGAAUUAAAAAGAUGUCUUGAACCAAAAACAUGGAGGAAAUUGGAAGAGAGAUCAAUGGCGGAAAAUUUGAGCACAGCCAACUUGAGUAAUUUGUUUAGAUGCAGUCAGUGUGAAUUUGCAGCCAUUUUAUCUCCUUCUGUUAAAAUGUUCAGGUGCCUCAGGGAGGAGUGUCAAAAGACAGUUUGUAGAGACUGUGGUGUAGACUGGAAAGAACAUGAAGGGUUUACAUGUGCACAAAUUGAGAAGAAGGAUGAAACAGCUCUAAGGAAAGAGUAUGAAGAGAAAAUGACGAAAGCCAAAGUUCGUAAUUGUGUAUCCUGUAAAGCUGAAUUCAUGAAAGACACAGGCUGUAACAAGAUGACUUGCCGUUGUGGUACUACAAUGUGUUACAUUUGUAGAAAGUCCAAAAUUGAUUAUAAUCACUUUUGUGCUCAUCCACGUGACCCUGGCUACGCCUGUGCAGAAUGCAAUGCUUGCUCCUUGUGGACUAAUCCAGAAGAAGAUGAUGAAAGGGCUGUUGCUGAGAUAAGAAAGGAAGCCAAUGAGAGAAGAAAAGCUCUAGGUUUCCUUGAAGAUAAAAUAAUAGGUGCACCAAAGAGCCCCAAAAUACCAAGCAAGGCGAAAGGAGUGGCACCUGUACCCCGGCCGCAAAACAAUGUGCAUAUCAUUGGUGGAUUUGUGGUUAAUCAAAUUCCUCAGGUAAAUGGGCAGUUAAAUCAGGUUAAUGAUAUGCCAGUUCCUGGAAAUCGACAGCCAAUAAAUGUAAGAAAUAGAAGAAAUCCAAGGCCGCAGCAGAAUCAGAGAUAUGAUGACAAUAACUUGGACCCAUAUAAUCCAUGUAAUAUUUCUUAAUUAGCUGACAUAAGUUGUGAGUUGCAUAAUUUUCCUUUUACUAUUUUUAAUAAACCCGCUAAUGUUUUUAUUCCAUCACAUUCCAUGGCCUAUUCCAUCACUGUUUUUAUACAAUGUACAUUUAUAUUUAUAAAACAUCAACAAGUUUGACAUCUAUUUACCUAAUGAACUCAGUUUAAAUGAGGAAUUUUAACAAUGUGUACUGUUUAGAAGUAUAUAUCUGUAUAGUGAGAUCUCAACAGGUUGUCUUUAAACUAUUUUUUUCCAGUAAACAUUUUGUAAAACAUAUUUUGUUGUUUAUUUAUUGUGUUUUGUUGAUGUGUAGGGCCUAUUCUAAACAAAAAUAAACAUAUUUUUUGCAAGAGCAAACUUCCAUCUUAGUACCUGAGAUACAUUGUUUUGUGGAUUUGCCUGGAACAAUUUGCUGCAUCUUGUUAAUAAGAAAAGGAGACUAAUUUUAAAAUGAUGGUCAUUGUAGCAACAGUGGCUUUGAAGAAUGUAACUGAUUUUCAAACACCAUCUUUUCCAACACCAUCAUGUUUAGCCAGGAGAAAUUUUUGUACCCAACUUGAGAUAUGAAGUUUCUAAUCAUAAAUCAUAUACCAACAGGACAGAUGUUGUUUUUGUUUUUACUGUUCAGUCUGUGAACUACUACUUUGUAUUUUGUUAUGUGGUAAAGAUUAAGAUUCGUAGCCCAAUGCACAGCACUGUUUUUC